AUGAUCCCAAUUCCAAAUUCUAUCAACUCUUUUAUCUUUCACUUAUUUCUAUACUUAUUCUUAUUAUUUCAAUGUAUCUCCAUUACGGUGCUUGCUCCAGCAGCUCCCAAUAACCACUACUUAGUUAUACCAAAGGGGUUCCUUUUCCCCAAAGGGGUUCCUUUAACCCCUGAAAGGGUACUUAGUUAUAGUACACUCCAUACCCAUAGAAUUAGCUCCCUUUCCCGGAGUACACUCUAUGGCUGUAAAAUUAGCUCCCUUUCCAGGGUCUAUUUAUACUUAGUUAUAUCCCCUUACGGGGGCUACUUAGUUAUCAAGGCAGUACUUAAUUAUACUUGGUUACACCCCUUACGGGGUACCGAUUCAUUAAUAAUUUAUAUUCUGUUUUUGGUAAUAAUAUAUUAUUAUGGUUAUUACCUAUUGGUAAACCACCAGGUGAUGAAGAAUUUGAAAAUAAUUUUGUACAUCAAAUUUAUAAAAAUAUUGCUACACAUUUUUCACAUACAAGAUCUGAUUACCGAGGAAAAUUUAUUUCCUCUAACCCGAUCAACUUUGGUGCAGCAAUUUGAUAGGAUUGAAGAAAAUUUAUUUCUUCUAACCCGAUCAAUUUUGGGAUUUAUUUCCAAAAUCCUAAUUUUUGUUAAUUAUUUUUCCCUAAUUUUAGCUAAUUUAACUAGGUGCAGCAAAAAUUUAAGAAUAAUAGAGAAUAUAUCAUCAGGAAGUAUAAUAAUAGAUAUUGGUUGUGGUAAUGGUAAAUAUUUAAAUAUAAGAAAUGAUUGUUAUUUUAUUGGUAUUGAUAUUUGUAAUGAAUUAUUACAAAUUGCACAACAACGUAAUAAUAAUAAGAAUUUUUCACUUAUUAUUUCUAAUGCUUUAAAAUUACCUUUAAAAAAUAAUUUCUCUGAUUUAACUUUAUCUAUUGCACUUAUACAUCAUUUUUCAACACAACAACGGAGAAAAAAAAUAAAUGCCAAAAUUGAUCGGAUUGGAAGUAAUAAAAGAAUUAAUUCGUUCUCCGUUACGGUGGAAAAUUCUCCUACCAAAAUUGCUGCACCUAAAGUACCUACUGGACCUAUAGGUAUUAAGGGACCUAUAGGUACUAGGUUCGAAUCCCACUGUAGUACUAGUACUAAUAAUAAUACUAAUAGUACUAAGAGUAUUACUACUCCUCGAAAGGGAGCUAAUUCUACGGCCAUGGAGUGUACUACUACUAAAAUUGCUGCACCUAAACUACUUAACUACUAUAGUACUAUAGUACUUACUGUAGUACUUACUAUAGACUACUGUAGAAUACUUACUAGUACUAGUACCAUUGGAGCAAGCACCGAAUUUUACAUCACAAGAUUUUUAUGUUUAUUCAUUUUUUUGGUAGUUUUAUUUUUAUUCAAUUUAUUCUUUUUAUUCAAUUUAUUCUUUAGUUUAUUAUUAUUAUUGAGUUUAUUAUUGAGUUUAUUAAUUAUAUAA